AUAUUUUUGAUGUCAUCGCAAUUUCGCUAUAUGGAGGCAAGUUAGGAACGGAGCUCGUUCAUUACCAGGUUCAUCGUGCAAGGUUGGCCUUCCCUUUUUCCUCUCCGCACAUGCAAACAAAAUGUCAGCACAAACAUUAUUCGGAGGAUUCCUCCUCCUGGUUGCAUUGGUAAUUUACAUAGUCAAUGACGGGAACAAAAUGGCCACCUUUGCCAUGUGGAUGCAGAUUCUAUUCGGAUUAGCUGCUAUGGUUCGCCUCCAACCAAAGCGGUUGGACAUCAAAGGCAAGGCGAUAUUUGUUACAGGAUGUGACACAGGUUUUGGUCACGCGUGUGCCAGGGCCCUAGAUAGACUUGGCUGUGUGGUGUUCGCCGGAUGCCUCCGCCCUGACGGACCAGAUGCGCAGCAGCUGAGAGCGGAUUCUACCGAUCAAUUGCACAUUGUCCCCCUUGACGUUACCUCUGAUGACAGCGUGGAGAAAGCAGUGAAGUACAUCAAUGAGAAGGCUAAUGGAGAACUAUGGGCGGUUAUCAACAACGCCGGGAUUAACUUCCUCGGAGACACUGAACUCUGCACGAUGGCGAUGUAUAAACGGGUUGCGGAGGUUAAUCUUUUUGGCAUGAUAAGAGUGGCUAAGGCGUGCCUUUCUAUGAUCAGGAAAACUAAAGGGAGGGUUAUCAACGUGACAAGUGUAAAAGGUAUCGCAGCGUUCCCGUUGUGUAGUGCGUACACAGUUGCGAAGUAUGGAAUGGAAGCCUUUUCCGAUAUUCUUAGAGUUGAAAUGCGAAAAUGGGGUGUGCAAGUGGUCAUUAUAGAACCCUGCAACUUCGGAGGUACUACAGCUGCACUGAAAGUUCCGACACACGGCCUAACAUUCGAAGAUGACUUCAAUGCAAUUUGGAACUCAAUGGGCGAGGACCUACAGCAGGACUACGGGCGUGAAUACAUUGACGCCCAGAUCCAGGCGACAAGGGAAAGCGCUGAGACGACCUACCGUGGCAUGGAACCCGUGGUGGACAAAAUGGUGGAGGCAGUAGCAGCUCACUUCCCUCGGGAUCGGUACCUGAUUGGGGGAAGCAAUCAACGCUUUGAUAUAUACAAGGUGAUAGUAAUCCUCAACCGAUGGUUGCCCGUCGAAAUCAUGGACUUCAUAAUGGAAUACACUGUUCUUAGUGGAUUACCACUGCCAAGAUUACUGGAGGAAGACCGAAAGCGGGAGUAGAUAGGGCCAAGACCACUAUUUCCCCUGACCAUCGCCUGUGCAUGCAGUUGGAGCAUCCUCGAUGCUAUUUCCGCGCAAGUUUUAAAGACUCUUCAAGUUUAAAGACGCUUAUUAUUUACUAGGACUUCGUGAGCGGAGCCUAAAAUUAUUCAUUGUUAAAUGUAGCAUAAGGCAACACAAAACUACUGCAGCAGGUGAUGCUGGUCGACCUUUGAGUAAGUUUAAACUUAAUGUGGGUUUACAAAUAUCCAUGCACCCUAUUCAGCACUUUUCAAAAUGCAUGUAUCUUUUCAAUCUUCUUUUCAAUAAGGUAAAGCAUGGUAAAUAGAAUAGAAUAGAAUAGAAUAGAAUAGAAUAGAAUUGAAUAGAAUAAGGUUUAUUGCUCAACAAAAUUACAUAAUAUACAUGCGAAGGUUUUUUAACAUCAACAAAAGAAUACGAAUUUGCUUACAAUAUGAUAAGAGACUUUGACAAAAAUUUAGUUAGUUUUAUUAAUGUAUUCUUUGGCGAGUUCAAAAGUUUUACAUAUUUAAAUAAAUCAGGAUAUCUGUGAAA